CUGACUAAUAUCAUAUAUUCACAAGAAUUUUCACUUUUUUGUUCUGUAUUUCGUCGCCCCCAGUUUGUGGUGCUAUUAUACAAAAAUGGGUAAAAUUCAAUGCUUUCUAUUUCUAAUAUUAUUCACAGGGAAUAUUUUGGGCUCUAAGAUUGUGCAAUUCAAGUUAUCAGCAAAUGAAUCAAUCGUUAAGCAAAUUGAUUUUGAUAAGGACUUUGGAAAUGACACAUCAUCAUAUGCUUCUUCUUCAUACGUCCUAUCGGUUCAAACUUCAUCUCCACUCAACAUUUAUCUCUCCGGAAGUCCUGAAUGCCAGCGAAUUCUACUGGCAGAAAACUCGGGAAGUAUUGAAAUGGAAAUUCCAGAUGAUAUAUGGAUUAAUGCAAACAACUGCAAUAAAACCAGCAAGGGAAAAGUUUACCUGCAUAUGGAAAGUAUCGAGAAGGAAGCAAUUGGAAACUUAAAGUUGAAUAGGGCUUCCCGAAAGGCUUUCAAAGCUAGAAUUACUGAUAACGGAGGAUUCAACGAUCCGAAUCACUUUUUGGUGUCAGAGCACAAUCCCUAUAUUCGGAGCAUCAAACUACAAAGUCUACAGGAUAAUGUCAAAAUUAGUUUGACAUCUGAAAACGCUGAAAACGCAUUGGAGGUUUACAUAACAUUUUGCCCAGAAAACAAAGGAAUACUCUACACGACUUCCUACGCCCCAAAUUUUGAAAUUACGUUGAAAAGUCCCCGAAUGGAAAUGUAUUACGAUGCCUACUCCUGUGAUUCUUCCGUGGCGUUUUAUAGCAACUCAACACAACCAACAUCUCCUUUGAUCAUAAGACUUGAAUCUCAGUUUUCCAUCAACGGAUCCAUGAUAGUACUUAUCAACGGAGCAGAGCCGUCGUUAGAAAGCCACGUAGCAUUUUAUGAGACUGGAACAUUUACGGUUGAACAGGGUGAAAUGAGGAUGAUCGAGCUGAAAUAUCAAUCAACUAUGGAAAAUAUUCACGCUUUUUUGGAUGUUGUAACCGGAGCCAUCGAUAUUCAUCUGUCACCUUGUAAAAGUCAAGAAACAGACAUUUUCUACUCUAACCUUGCCGCAGGAUCUCAUAGAAUUGAUAUCGAUCUGAAAACUAUGAUGGAUAAUACAACAUGCUCCCUUGUGGAAAUAGAUCCAACUACCGUUUACAUGUUCAUCAAAUCAUCCACUACAACCACAUUUACUCUCUGGAUUCCUGGAGAAAUUGCCACGUGGUAUGUUGCAAUUACCAUCGGAUUGGUGCUUCUGCUUCUCGUGGUUUGCAUGAUUCUCAUAAUUCAUUUUGGAAGAAGAAAGACCGGAAAACUUACUAUCAACUAUUUCAAGUAAAAACUUAAUAAACUACUUAUAACUUGGUUAAACGGAUACAAAUUUAUUAUCAUAAUUUCUCUGCAAUCGCUCUUCAUUUUAGUAUUUUUUUCCACAUUUAAAGCAGCUCUCAUAAUCAAUAUGGUUAAAAAGUCUCGAGAUCUAAGUUAUAACUCGAGUGAUAAUAACACGGCCUCCUAGGAUUUGAAUAUUUAAAAAUUUUUUCACUGUUUCUGCGUCUCUUUUUUACCAACACUAUCUCGUUUUCUUUUGUGAAUUAAAUAAAUAAUUUGUGUGAAGUAGAGAAA